UCCCGCAACCAACAAUAAUCACAAGCAAGCACUUUCACUGUAUUUGCAUUUUCCAAAGGAGAAAUGACGACUGACCUUCCUUGCGGUACCGUCACUGUGCGGUUGAUAAGAUCGUUCGAACAUAGGAAUAUCAAACACAUCGUGUUUCAAAAUGUUGAUUUAACACAGACGGCAGAAACCUUCAUGCGGUGCAUUGAUAAUGACUUGAAAACAAGACAAGGAAUAGCUCCACCAUUCAGAACUUAUAAAUAUGACACCUUUAAAAUUUUACAUCAAGCCCAUGGUUCAAAGACAAGUGACCCAGUCAUAAAUACAGAUCAUGAUGAACUGAUUAUGUCACCGGAUACAACUCUACAGGACAGUGGCGUCAAGAACGAAACAGAGUUGUCUUAUUUCAAGAUGGAUGACUAUAAGACAUACAAACAGAACCCAAACUUAAAAUGGUGACAUCUUAGGAAGUUGGUUGAGAUUGACAUUUCCUUUAUACUUGAAAGCUUGAUAAUGCUUUUGUGUGAUAUAGCUCCAGUCACCAUGCCAACUUUACAGAAUCAAGUUACUGUGGUGAUACCAAUAUAAGCAAACUUACAUUAAUUACCUUACCAUCACUAGAGUAAACUUAACAUGACAAUACAAGUUCCUAGAUAUACUCAGUGCACAGAGGAGUAGCAACUCCAGUGCUGGUGAAACAGGGAGUCUGCAACCACUGAAACAUAGAUUUGAAUCCUUAAAUCGUAUGAGUUGUAUAAUAUUCUACCAAUGCUUUUGUGGUCUGUGUUUGUUUAUCAACUUUACCUCUUGUUUUGCUUGCAAAAGCAAAAUAAAAAAUAUUGGGCUGUA